AUGAUCGCUCCUCCACCAAGGCUAUGCAGCCUAAACUUCAUCCUCUCCAUCAUCCUCUUCAUCCCACCAACAACAGCCCUCCGCCGCUCAAACGCCCAAUUCCGCCAAUUCUUCCCAGCAUGGCAACCCCUACUGCAAGACCAACUCAAAAACAACUGCUCCUCCGAAAUACAAGACUACCUCAACAUAUCCAGCCCCGCCCUUCGUCCAGGCUACCGCGUCAUCGACUGUAUCCUCACCACCAUGCCUGAGUUCAGAAAAGCAGAGCUAGCUUCUGCAGCUGUAAUCCUUGGUCUCGCUCCAUCUGUGCUUCAGCUCUUGAGUGCUUCGUACCUUGAUACUGCGAUACUGGCGUUUCGAAGACCGGGAUUGGCGGUGUUGUUGGCGAUGUGUAGUUCUGGGGUGAAGCCGCUUACGGCGUCGGACUAUGAUGACUUUAUCGCCAAGAUGGAAGCGGACUCGUCCACGACCUUUGGUGUACCGCGUUUUGCUGGCGCGAAGAGGAUCGUGUCGCUGGCAGAGUACUUCAUCGCCGCUGCAUCAGUCGCAAACAAUGCAUAUCUCACAUACCAACUCUGCCUCCAAGCAGUAUGCACAUUCGCCCCAGCCGAAGACUUCCUCCCCGCCAUCUGGACCGCGUUAGCCCUCGCAAUCCAUCUAUUCGGAUACAUCGUCGCACGAUUAAAAAUCACCGCCGACGCAAAAAGCGCAUGGGAUGAUCGAGGAAGGCUACGGUCGGAAUUCACACCAACAGCAUGGCAGCCAAAACUUCACGUCAAAGACAGCGGACGACACACAGGCUGGUUCCUCACUCUCGCUUCAGCGCUGUACGUAGGCGAUUGUCUCCAAGCACUCUUCGGAACACUUAUCCUUUCGAGUUUGGUGUUCAUCAGUGUGAGGGACUCUGCGAUAAUUGUGAUCAGAUUAAUGGGGAGCGCUCUGUUUGCAAGGCUGAUACUGAUUUAUGAAGUGGCGGGCUUGAAGACGGAUGGUGAAGGGUAUACUGCAUCUGAGAGCACAAUCUACUUGGAGUCUCUUGGACAGAAUGAGAGAAGCUUGAGAGAAUCAAGGGUCUUCUCAUAA